GAAUGCUCUCCCGCUUGCUCAUUGCACUUGUAACAACUUGUUGCCAUCCAGUCUCCACAUGGGUCCGACCGUGGAGAGAGCCCUGGUUUAAAAGACAUCUGAAAGGGGACGAGUCCACUGGGAGACCCGCACAGCGAUCGUUCGGCAACGAGGAGCGUCAGAAUGUUGAUGGACCCACACUACGACCCGAAGUCCCAGCAGGACGGGAAAACAGAGAUCCCUGUGCUCAAAACCUUCACCAGGGGCCAGUGGUCCAACAAGCUUGAAUUCCUGCUGGCCGUGGCCGGGCAGAUCAUAGGGCUGGGAAACGUGUGGCGGUUCCCCUACCUGUGCUAUAAAAACGGAGGAGGGGUGUUCUUCAUACCAUAUGUGGUAUUUUUGUUUGCGUGUGGGAUCCCACUGUUUCUGUUGGAGACAACCCUAGGCCAGUACACUGCCCAGGGCAGUAUCACCUGUUGGAGGAAGAUAUGCCCUCUGUUUGAAGGAAUAGGUUACGGAAGUCAGGUGGUGGUCUUAUACUCCAGCACGUACUACAUCAUCAUCCUGGCCUGGGCUUUCUUCUACCUGUUCUCCUCCUUCAGCUCUGAGCUUCCCUGGGCGUCCUGCAGCAACACCUGGAACACCGCUACCUGUUUGCCACUGAAUAAUGGGAAUAGCCACAUGAACUGGAGUACAGCAGAAAAUGCCUCAUCACCGGUCAAGGAAUUCUGGGAGAGGAGAGUAUUGAACGUAACCGAGAGUCCCAACGAGAUGGGCAGCAUACGAUGGGAGCUGGCCCUGUGUCUUCUCCUGUCGUGGAUCGUAUGCUACUUCUGCAUCUGGAAAGGUGUGAAGUCAACCGGAAAGGUGGUGUACUUCACGGCCACCUUCCCCUACCUGAUGCUGGUGGUGCUGCUGGUCCGGGGGCUGACGCUGCCGGGGGCCAUCGACGGGAUCAAGUUCUACCUCUACCCGGACCCGUCCCGCCUCUCCGACCCCAUGGUGUGGAUGGACGCAGGUACUCAAAUAUUCUAUUCAUACGCCAUCUGUAUCGGAUGUCUAACUGCACUGGGAAGCUACAAUAAGUACAACAACAACUGUUACAAGGACUGUGUUUAUCUCUGCCUUCUGAACAGUGCCACCAGCUUCAUCGCGGGCUUUGCCAUCUUUUCUGUUCUUGGUUUCAUGGCCUAUGAGCAGAACAUAGACAUAUCCAAAGUAGCAGAGUCAGGUCCUGGCCUGGCCUUCAUAGCGUACCCCCGUGCGGUGGCCAUGAUGCCCUUUCCUCAGCUGUGGGCCAUCCUCUUCUUCCUCAUGAUCAUCUUACUCGGACUGGACAGUCAGUUCGUAGGCCUGGAGGCUCUGACCACCGCCAUCUCCGACAUGUAUCCUGAGUUCUUCCACAUGGGCCAUCGCCGCAAAAUCCUCCUUCUCAUCAUCUGCCUGGGAUGCUUCUUUGUGGGCCUGCUGAUGGUGACAGAGGGCGGAUUGUACAUCUUCCAGUUGUUUGAUUACUACGCCUGCAGUGGGAUGACGCUGCUUCUGUUUGCCAUUCUGCAGUCUAUGUGCAUUGGCUGGGUGUUUGGCGCGGACCGUUUUUAUGACAUCAUAGAGGACAUGAUCGGAUACAGACCAUUUCCCCUUAUCAAGUACUGUUUGAAAUAUGUGACUCCAGUUAUCUGCAUUGCAACGUUUGUGUUCUCCUUGGUGAAGUACACUCCCCUGAAGUUUAACAACACGUUAGACUAUCCAUGGUGGGGCAUUCUUCUUGGCUGGUGGUUCACUCUGUCCUCCACCCUAAUAGUGCCCCUUUGGAUGAUUUUCAAGGUUGCAAUCACACCCGGCACACUAAGAAAAAGGAUCUCUAAGCUGUGCACCCCAUCAGAUGACCUGCAGUUGACACGACAAGCUAAAGCAAUGGAGAAUGUGGAAUCGAAAUACCAUUUAACAGAACUCUCAUGCUGUGUCUGAAAUCGCGCACUUCUAUACCUACACUUACAUUUUUGAGUGCACUUUGCGCAAAAACGGAGAGUGUGCCAAAACGCAGUGCACUGGAAGCAGGUGGCGCACUCAAAACGAUCUUGUCUACUUAGCAGAGGGGGCGGGAAUUUCAAAUCUGAAAAUGGAGGAAAUUGUAACAUUUGAGACCGACGUGCUCUACAAAAGUAAAAUUACACAUAUUUGGUUUGUUUUUCAGUACAACUACAAUGUUUUAGGCUGUAUCCGACCAGUGUUUUUAUGGUGUUAAUUCUGUAAUCAGAUGGUAUCAAGAACGAUAACGUGAAUACUGCUAGAUCAAUAAUAUAGGCAACUAACGGAAAUGAUCAUGCAGAAAAAAGAAAUACCACAGAAGAAGAACCGUCAAACUGCAAAAUCAUUUCAGUCGUUUUAGAGCUAAAGGUAACAAUUAUUUUAACACGUGAUUAGCAUUAGCGUAAUUACAAUGUGCCUUAACGAUCAUAUUAACCAGUAACCAUGCUACUGGGAAUAAUGUGCAAAGGAAUCAAUUAGCCAGUUCAUAGACAUUACAGCGAUGCAUGAUGAGGAAGGCUGAGAAUUCCUUUCUCUCACUCUGCUGUGUUUUGUUGUGACCAAAGAGAACUAUUUAGGCUCGAGGGCCACAUUGCGUUUUUUAAACCAAGUCAAGUGCCAAGACAUAGUAGUGUAUGCAUGUGAAAAGAUGUGAACCCUAUGAAAGUCAAACAUACUGGGGAAAAGAUGUUAGAGGAGAUGAAGAUGUAUAUUUUGGAGAUGGGGGGGGUUGAUAAAAUGCUAGCAUACUGUAUAUAUAUGUUUGGAUAAACAGGUAUAUUUGGUAUAGUUAAAUAUUUGUAUCUUGAUAUAUCCUGGCCCUCUCCCACUCUGCCAUAGAGAAGGGGGAUGUCUCCUGUUUCUCUUCUUCUUGCUCAAAUCUGUGAUGUUUAACCGGGGACUAUUUACUGCCUCACAGCUCAGAGAACACAAGAGAUCAGAAAUCGUACUUUGGUGGUAAGAGGGACCAAGGCUGACCAGAAGCUACCCCAUAAUACUCAGCUCUGACACUGGGAGAAUUUCUUCUCUACUCUUAGGAGUACUAUCAUUAUCUUGCCUUUUAUGCUUUAUGAAUGAGAUAAGCGUAGAAAAAUACUAAGACUCUUUCAGUCUAGAACAGGUGUUUUCAUAGCGCAUUUCACCCUAAUGGUGACUGAUGGCUGUGCCAUUUCUUACAUAUACACUCUAAUAAUAGUUCUUAAUUUUACUUACAGCGACUUUAAUGUAUGAGAAUACCAGAUAUAUAUAAACUGUAUGUGCAGAGAUAGAUCUUAAGAUUCUGUAUUAUACAUUUUAACGGCUACUUAAAACGGUUCCCUGGGGUCUUCAAAAGACAUUUGUGAAGUCUAUAUAUGAAAUAUGAUAAAGCCAGCUUUUGUAGUCUCAUUUCCUGCACUAAAAAAACUGGCAGGUUUUGAAGGGGGGGGGGGGGUUAUGCUAACGAGCACAUUUAACGAGUUGAAGUUUACUGUAAAUCUGACCACCGCUCCUUAACCAGCAGUAAGGUCCCAUGACAUUAAACGUGAUCAUUCGUUUGGCAAAAAAGAAACAUUAAUUUUACUCCCAUCAUGGUCAAAUUUUUAUGGAUCUAGCUAGAGAAUAAAUCAGUUGAACCAACGCCAAUCAGGAGCUUUGAUAUAGUCACGUAGGCAAAGUUUCUCAACACAUAGACCUCUUAAUGCAUCCAUAGUGGUAAAUUACAUUUAUUAACAGAUAAUUACAACAAAACUUCAGAAUGAGACUCAAGAAAUUCAAGAUUUCAGAUUUUCCUCUACUAAAGUCAUGAUCGACAUGAGGAACAAGUGGAAGGGCCAAGAAUGAGGCCUUUCCAUAAUACGCCCCCUUGAACAAAGCUUCUGGGUCAUUUCAAGCGAAUCAGGGUGAUUGACGAGCAAGAUGGUUUCCCUAAAUCAUUCAGCGAAACCAUCUUGCUCGUCAAUCACGGCGUACAGAGAAGAUGCUUAUUUGUGCUGCUUAAUUUCAACUCUUUUCGACCUUUAAAUAUUACCUACAGAAGAUGAAAUGUGAAUGUGCUUAAUUAUAAAAAUAUAUAUUGUGAUAAUGACACUCCUUGAUGAACUACGGGGCAACCAGCAGAUAAACAUAUCUUAUCUUACUAAGUAGGAACCUUGAGUCUCCAGGACAAUGCAAACAUGUUGCACAGCUCUGGUGCCUUAAUAUUCAGUUCUAAUAUCAAGUCAUGGGUGUAUGAAAAUAUAGAUAUUGUUCAUAUAAGAGUUGAACAGUAGUUUGUAUAAAAAUACUGUAUGUGUUUCUCUUGAUGUUUAUGAUUAUUUUUAUCAUGGUUGUACUUCUUAUAGAUGUCACUCUUUUUUCACAGCAAUAAAGGUACUAAUGAUUUUUCAAAUAAUUAUUGUCCUUUUUGGACGUUUAAACGUCUAUAACUGCUUUGAAAUUGGACUGAAAUCGUAUCAAUGCAUUUAAUAUUCAAGCACUUUUAAAGCUUUCUUCUAUAGGGUUAUGUACCCUUAAAAUUAGCAUGUUUUUUUUAAAUGUAACGCUGAAUCACAAGUUAAAUUAAGAGCAGGGAGAUCAGACAUGUUGUCAAUUUCUUAAAAUAACCGAGUCAUUUGAAAUUUGGGUCUGAUUUAUUGUUUCAUCUCAUUAAUUUGCGAGGAAAUGUUUUAAUAUCUGGAAAGUGCAUCAGCUUUACACUGACUCAAAAGCAAUUCAUUGAACAAUUUGGUUAAAAAAAAGCCCUUAAUAAAGUUUGUUACACAACAGUAGGCCUAUAGACCAUACUGAACUACAAAUACUUAAAUAAACGGCCAGGUCAAAAUAAGCCCACAAAAUAAAAAGCCAUGGAAAUAAAAUUUGACAGACAGACGAAGAAAACAAAAGUAUCUCACAAAUAUUCAUCAGUAUCCUAUGUAAUCAAGGUAACACUUUCUGCUUGCUAAUCCCCCCGAACUACCCCAUGGUGCGAGAGCAGGGUUAGCAUCCCAAAUAUCGACGGCCAACAUAGAUUCAGUGGUCACUAGUAUCCCACGUCAUAUCAAAAAUGGCUGCUGUGCUCUUUACCACAACAACACCAUCAUAUCUUAAAGUGACAUUGCUAACAAAAAGGUUUUGUUUAACAGCAGCACUUCCCUUGCAAAUAAAAAAAGUAGCCUAAUAACACACAUAGUUCCUUUCCUUUUACACCAUUGUCACUACUUAAGACACCAAUUUAGAUUGUUUUACGUCAAAUUAAUAAAGCAAAUUCAGGGUGCAAAUCUCAUCCAGGCUCAUAUCUGAUGAUGCCUGUUUUUGGCGAGAGAACAGCGGUGGAAUUACAAUCUAAGUCCAAAGCAUCAGACAUCUAAGCGCAGAAUUCAGAAUUCAUGAACAAAGUCUGGAGACUUACGAAGAGGGCAUAACAAAAAAAAGUUAAGAUGCAUUGAGAUAGCAUUGUGGUUUCGACAAUUCAUAUUUAAAGCUUACAACGAUGACAAUAGCAUGCAACAGUAUGUACCAGUAGUUUUGUAGAAAGGUACAAAGGCAGCAUUCGUUAACCAUGUUCAACAAUACAACCGUUAGAAUGUUUUGUUUUGUGGUUUUCUAGAAUGAAAACGGUUAAAUUCAAAAGUCAUGAUUCUUUUAUUGUGCAUGUGGUGAAUAUGUUUUAUUGACUUUAUCAAGUUUUCUAGGGAGUAUAAAAUGAUUGGGCCAUUUAUUUACAAUUGGUAUAGCACAACAAAAAAAAAUUACGAUUCUGUUUUGAAAAAAAUGCCACAAAUAUUUCUGUUCCCAAGGACGGACAUUGCACUUACCGACAGAUGCCCAAAAAAGAUUGAAUGCCAAAGGCAUAUGGGUGAUAUGAUGACGAGAAUGUGGAGUUCAAAAAUCAAUGACAUGCCUUCGCUCUGCUCAGCCGAUUCCAUCAUAUCUUCUGAACCAAAACGUUCCAGAGAUCCCGUAUCUAAACCUCCGAAGCGACGAGUGUUAUGAUGGGCUAGGAAAGGAAAGGCCUGCCCUUCCUCAGAGUAUUUGAGAUCAGGAGUUCUCCUGACUCCUGCGUCUCCGUUUACUCCCCACCUCCCCGUUGCUUUUUACACUUUCAUCCUUCCUUCGCUUCUGCUUCCCAACCUGCACAGCACAAGGAAAUACG